CUGCAGUUUUUUAGCAGGCAGCUGAUGGAGACGCCACAGAGAGAGAGAGAGGGCGUGCGAGCAGGUGGAGGUGUGGACAGGUAGACACGCGCGCACUCAGAGACUGAAGUUUACCUGCAGACCAGGUGAGAGAGGCAGGCUGGAUCCGCAGUAUGCUGAGGGAGUCCCCUCACCUGGAAAGAUGUACGUGAGCUACCUGCAGCUGGACAAGGACCCCGCCAUGUACCCGCACCAGAACCCGGUCACGCGCCACCCGGGCCUGAGCCUCAGCCCGCAGAACUUCUCGGUGCCCGCCCCCCCGCAGUACCCGGACUUCGCCUCCUACCACCACCACCACCACGGCAUCGGCAACGAGCAGCACCCGGCCCAGCAAGCUCCGCCGGCGGCCGGCGGCUGGAGCCCGGCAUACCCGCCUCCUCCGCCCGCGCGGGACGACUGGUCCUCGCAUCCCUACGCGCCUCCCGCGGCCUCCUCCGUGACCGGUGCGGUGGGCACCACCCUGGGAUUCGGGCCCACGGAGUUCCCUGGCCAGCCGCCUGCGCUGAUCCCCGCCUCCCUGAACGCCUCCGCGGGGCCACUGUCCCCCGGCUCCCCGCGGAGGAGGACCCCGUACGAGUGGAUCCGCACCUCCGCGCCGCCCAGCAACCCCACGUUCACAGUAACACACGAACACCGGGACCAUAAAGGAAUAAAAGCAGAUAGGGCUCUGUUUUAUGCAAAUGCAGCCGAGGCGGGGAGUCAAUUUGAAUACAGGAGUCAUGAUGGAAAGACACGAACUAAGGACAAAUACCGAGUGGUUUACACCGACCACCAGCGGCUCGAGCUCGAGAAGGAGUUUCACUACAGCAAAUACAUCACCAUCAGAAGGAAGGCGGAGCUUGCCACGGCACUCAGUCUGUCAGAGAGACAGGUAAAGAUUUGGUUUCAGAACCGGCGAGCAAAGGAGCGCAAGAUCAACAAGAAGAAACUCCAGCAGCCGGCUUCCUCUACCACUACGCCAACCCCUCCCACCGGCAGUAACGGCAGCGGCGGAGGAGGUGGAGGCAAUGGCCUCCAUGCAAAUGGGAGCAGCAACGUCGCAAUGGUGACAAGUAGCAGUGGAAGCAAUGGGCUGGUGUCUCCUUCUCUAGCUCUGAACAUCAAAGAGGAGUACUGAGGACGACGUUUUAUUGGACACUGACUUCGGGGAUGUGGACCAAAAAUCCUGAACUACAGACUGAAACAUUCAUCCUGCACCUUGCUGUUUGCCUUCUUAAAGCUAAAGUUCACUGAAAAUCAGAGAAAUCUCAAUGAGAGAUGUUGCUAGCAACUUCCAGUCCAUCAAAUAAUUCCCUGUUGUGAUUGGACUCUGAACCAAAAGGAAUCUCUGCAGGUGAUUUCCAUCUGUCGAAGGAUUGGUCAGUCGUUAAAGGACAACCACACGAUGUCCUAGACUAACUUUGUGGUGGGUGGAGCUCUGUAUUUGGGGAAAAACACAUUUUUCACCUUUGACAAAGAUGCUGUUGAGCUCAUCACUGCAAAUAUAUAUUUAUAAAACAAGUUUUUUCAAACUCUUUAAACAAAAGCCCGAGUUAAAUAACAGAGGUACUAAAUAUAAUGCUGACUUUGUGUGCAUUGUCUUCUCACACAGAAUAGUCUUUCUUUCCUUUUUUCUUUUUUUUUUGUGAAAUAUUCUUGAGUGUUGUGGUUUAAAUAUUUCAUUUAGCUCUAUGAAGAGCUGCAGCAGGAAGAUACAGGAUACAAACUGUUCUGUCAGUGUGGAAAAUAGUCAUUUUUUUAACACUAAAUAUACUUCAAGGAGGACAUUUUCAAAUUAUAUUAUAUUUGUAGAAGUUUGUUUUCAAUUUAAUAUUGUUUCAAUGUUGUUAGAGUGAAAUCUUCUUAUUUGAUCCAAACACUAAACUAUAAAUAUUAUGAGUGUAGCACGAACUAAUGAGGUGUAGAAACAGCUGGUGUUCCUCACAGCGACAGCUCCAAUGUUACUGAUCAUAAAACUGUCUCGGAUUUUGUGCUGAUUUAAAUAUGACAACUUUUUUUGUGUGAGCUUAAAACCCUCGAACCGGAGCUGCUGCUGAACUCGGCUUGUGAAUGCAUGCAUGAAUAUGGCACCAUGAUUGCUUAAAGGAAGUGCUCCUUUAGUUUGAGUCCAUUUUUAGUAUCACACAGUUUUAAUGCUGCAUUUAAUUGAAGCUGGAAAUUGGGAAUUUUCAAACUGAGUCGACAAAGUCCAGAUUUUGAGCUCAGGGAAGUUCACGACUCACAGCAUGUAGAACUCAACGUGGACCACGGUAGAAAACUAUUAGCUUAAGUGUCCUCAGAUGUUUCCAUGUCUUUAAGCAGCUUUCUUCAUGGUGAUUUUUAGAGACUUUUAAACCAUCUACUUUUAGCCUGUUAAAUUAAUUUAAAGAUGGAGAUUAAGUAGUUAAGGAAAAGUUUUAACAAGCUGUUUGAGUAGAAUCAAAUGUUUUUACUUUGGACUCCAAAUUGUGAGACACUUGUAGUCUUGCAGAGUUUCUUAUUCAGUCAGUUAUAGCAAGAAGUAACCAUUUAUUUAAAACUGCCAUCCAUCAAUAUUUCAGUAAAGUCAGGAGGCUGAAAUAAAGAUGUCACAAACAGGAUGAAAUUCUGACUUUGAGAGCAGAUUCUGGAUUUUUUAUGUUUAUUUUUUAACGUGUUAGUGGAAUAACUCGUCCUGAGACCUUUCUAUGUCCAUGUGCUUCUUAAAACUUUCAGUUUUUUAUUUUAAAAAAAAAAUCAAAAAAUGUUUUUAUAUUUUGAACAGAUUUUUCAACCAGGAAAGUUUUGUCUUUAUUUAAGACUUGAACUUUGUACAUGAGAAGGUUAAAUGAGACUUCAGGAGCCAUUGGUGCCCACUUCAACAGAAGCCUUGGUUUCAUGGGGUUUGGUUCUUAGCCUCACAUCAGCUCAGAUGUCAUCAAACUGACCCUGAUUCACUCAGUUUGUAUCAUGUGAUCAGCUCAUGUUUUACUAAUCAAAACAAAUUUAGCAUUGAUAAGUCUAUUCUGGGUCUUUGCACUGUUGUUUCACUGAAGCCUUGGAUUUCUUACUCUUUACUAAAUUAAGUGUGUUUUUCUUUUUGAGAUAUAAGAAAGUCACUGAUGUGACGCCACCCAAUCUUAUAAAUAGAUCCUGUAAUUUGUUUGUUUUUUGGUUAGGUGUGUUUUGUCUCGUUAAAGUGGAUUAUGUUCAUUUCCAGCUCCAUAUUUUAUUCUCGAGCUCUGUUAGAGUGGCUUUUCUUUGUUAAGAGCUCAUAAUGAUGAUUCCUGAUUGGCCUUGGUGCAGUGCCCUCCAACUUUAAAGCACACUUUCUUCUGAGUGGUAGCCUGCUGACGAUGGCCAUGUUUAACAUGAACAUCUACCACUGCAGAUGAAAUGGGUGCACUUUAAAAUUGUAGCCCAAAGUCUCUGCAAGCAAACAGAAGCAUGAACUGAGUGCUUUGCUUUUCUUUUUACUGCCUGAUGGCCCAAAGGGUUAAAGCAACAUGUUUGUAAUGUGAAACAGGUUCAGCAGAUCACCUGUUUGCAUAUUAAGGCCCAGUGUCUUCAGUUCACUCAGGAUCUUCUUCAGGUGACAGAGGUUUAGUCAGCCAGGUUACAGUAAUGCUGAUUGUAAUGGAUAAAGCUGUGAAUGUAGCAGUCCUGGUUUCUGUGUAUGGUAGUUAAACCUGAUUUUCCUGGUCUCUGCAGCAUCCUGGAGCUGGUUUCCAGCACUGAGUGGGGGUUUUUUUUCUUCUCUUUUUUAAUGAAAUUGUUCACUUUAGGAUGAUAUGUGACAAAAACUUUUUAGUCCUCACAUUUCAGAAGUUGCAAGAAUUUUACUUGACUUCAGACUGUUAAACUGAGACACUGUGAGGAAAAGCUGAUUUUCAGUCCACUUUAACAGGCAAAAUAUUAACAUGAUAUCAGAACAGGAAGCUACAUGCCUCCAGAGUAAGGCCCAGAUGAGACUUUCAGUAAUCUCGUUACUUUAGUGCUUGUAAACCUAUUUAGUGGCACAUGGAUGAGUAAAGCAGUGGUAUGAGUGAGUAAAAUCAGUCAAAUCUUUGCUUCUUUUGUUCUUCUCUACAUACAGUGAAUGUCUUGUAAAUGUUUGUGAUCUCACCUGUCAGACUUUAUCACGUGUAUAUUUUCAAAUGGAAUUUUUAUUAAAAAAGGAAAAGCUUUAUCAUAAAA